AUGGCGCGCAGGGAGAGCUGCGCCGGGGAUCAGCGCGAGCGGCGCCAGUGCGCCCACGUCGACCUCAAGCACCAGGCUGCAGAGUACUACCGGCUCAACGAGGUCCCGCAGCGCCUGGAGGAGGUGCUCAACGCCAUGUUCUACCAGCGCCCCGCCGACUUCUACGGCUACCUGGCAAACUACUUCUCUGAACUCGCAAAACCACCUACGAUAAGCAGAUUAGUUGGGAAAAGGGUGCUGGAUGGGACUGGUCAUCCAAUAUUAGAAGUGGAAGUGUCUUGCUGGGUGAGAGACUCUGACAAGAGGAUUUGUUCCAGCAUGAUCUCUUCUCAUGCUGAAUUUCUUGAAAAUGCAUCACCAGAAACAGUAGAUGCUGAUGAAAAGGAAAGAUAUGAGUCAAUAAAUACAGCAAUUGAAUGGAUAAGUGAAUCAUUGAAUGAAAUGCUCAGAGGCCUUCAACCUACUGACCAACAUAAUGUUGAUAAGCUAUUAGGGGAAUAUUUUGCAAACAAAGCACAAGAAGACAAAGAAAGAAGGGAAGAAAAAGAGAAAGAAAUCCAGGAAGUAGUGCUUCCUGUUGCUCCACCUGCUCCAGCUCCAACUGGGAAAAAGAAAUCAAACAAACCAGGGAAGAAGGCUUCUGUGCUAGAGAAGCCCAUCUCACCGGCAGAACCCACUGAGCCUGUCGUGAUGGGUAGCAUGGCCAUUGGAUGCCUAUCACUUGCUGUUGCGAAGACUGCUGCAACUAUUUGCAAUGCAUGUUUGUACUUACAUAUUGCUUUGCUGAAACACAAUCAGGAAUUGCCUAAAGAGCUGGCUAUGCCAUUGCCGAUGAUAACCAUUUUGAGCUGUGGAAAAUCGUCACCUGGAAAGCUGAAUUUAAUGAAAGAAGUGAUGCUCAUCCCUCCAACCUGGCUAACUGUUAAACAAGCUGUAGAAAGAUGUAUGGAUAUUCAGAAGCAAAUAAUGAAGUUGACAGAAGUACCUAGUAGUGUGGGAGAUGGCAAGAAAUCUGCUUCACGAGAUGCUGGGAAAAAAGCUCCGCCUCCAGUUUUUAAAAAGAUGUCUCACUUAGGCUGUCUGGUGAUAGGGAGCGAAAGUCUAGAGCAGCCUUUGACCUUGAUCCAAUCGGCUUGUGCAAAUGUUUCCUUGGAACUAGGAAUAGACAUGUAUUUGGGAAUAAAUUGUGCUGCUCAUGAACUAAUGGACUAUAAUAAGGGAAAAUAUGAAGUGCUGCUUGGAACACAAAAGACUGCAGAUGAAAUGGUGGAAAUGUAUGUGGACCUGAUUAAUAAAUUUCCUUCCAUUAUUACAUUAAUAGAUCCAUUGAGGAAAGAGGACCGUGAGCAGUGGACUGCCUUAUGCAAUUCUCUGGGCUCUAAAUGCCACCUUAUUGCAGAAGAUUUCUGCCGGAAUGGGUCCAAACUUCUGGAGGGCAAAUGUAAAAACACACCAAAAUGCAGUGGUCUCGUCUUAAAACACACCAAUGAAGUUAAAAUUUCUGAUCUUAUAGAAAUGACCCAGCUUUUAGAUGGUCAAAAACACAUUUCCAUAUUAGGAAGCCCAGAUGGAGAGUCUUCUGAUGACAGUCUUGCAGACCUGGCUGUUGGACUGGGAACCAAGUUCAUCAAACUGGGAGGUCUUUCACGUGGAGAGAGGGUGACCAAAUACAACCGACUUCUUGCUAUAGAGGAUGAGCUAAGCAAGCAUGGAAGACUAUGUGAUCGAGAUGAACAUGAAUUUGUUGAUUUUACUGAAGAGGAAGAAGAGGAGGAGGAAGAGGAGGAGGAGGAGGAAUUUGAUAGUAUUGUUUUUUCUGCAGGGGCAGUAUAA